ACGAACAUCAUAUAUUAAUUAUGUGCAACAAUUCAAGAAACUUGUGAAGAUCAUCAGAGAUCAAGAAUUCAAGAUGGCAGCUACAGUCAUGUCUUCAUUGACCCUCAAGCCUUCUUCUCCAGCUGUUGAUGUGAAGGGGUUGCCUUCACUUCCUUCAAAAACCCCAUUUAGGGUUUACGCAAGUGGUGGCAAGAAGAUUAAAACUGACAAACCCUACGGAGUUAAUGGUGGAAUGGCAUUGAGGGAUGGCCUAGACGCAUCUGGAAGGAAGCCAAAGGGAAAGGGUGUUUACCAGUUUGUUGACAAAUAUGGUGCUAAUGUAGAUGGAUACAGUCCUAUCUACAAUGAAGAUGAAUGGUCUCCAAGUGGUGAUGUCUAUGUUGGUGGCACAACCGGUCUGUUGAUUUGGGCGGUUACCUUGGCCGGAAUUCUUGGAGGAGGUGCACUUCUGGUUUACAGCACAAGUGCUUUGGCACAAUAAAUGAAUCUUCAUCUUGUUACUACAAAGUAUGGUUGUUUAGACUAUCAUGUAAAAUACAAGAACAAACUAUCAACCAUGUACCACCUCUUUCUAUGCUAAUUAAGUAGAUAAUGUGCUUUUCUUUAUGCCA